AUGGAAGAUUUAAUGAAAAACAAUAAAAUCUUCCAAGGAAAAGAACUUCAAAAUUGCUAUUUGUUUAAUGGGAAAAGUCCUUUGGUGAAUCGAGGAUUGACUGCAACAUCAAACAUAUGGUACGCAUCUAUCCCUCUUCAUAUAGUUUCAGGAGAGCAACAUACCCAUCAACAAUUUAUUCACUCUCUUUUGGACCAUCGGAACAGCUUCCAGAAAUAUAUUAAUUGCAACGAGUUCUUCAGGCUCCAUUCAUGCCUUCUCUUUAAAGUUGGCGAUAAAUCAAAGUGUCUUCUCAGAAGCAGAAGGUCGACUCGCUUUCUCGGAUCAGUUCUUCCCGACAGUGUGAGCGAUGCACUAGAUCCAGCGCAUCAUCAUGUGCUCCAAAAUGUAGUUUCUUCCGGACUUAGAAGUUAUGCAGUGGUUAGGAAGGUAGACAAACUUGAAGGAACAUCAUCUCCAACUCAGUUUACAUCUCUUAGCUUGAUCAUCUUUCCUGUUUCUCGUCCUUUUCAAGGCAAUGGUAUCAAUGAUACAUAUAGUGGAUAUUGUGAGGAGUAUACGCUAAGUAUCAAUAACAAGAAUGAAUCUUUAUGGACACUAGAACGUGAAUUCAAUCUCUGCUCCAUAACCAACAUGUGA